AUGAAAAAUAGUAUCGAGAUUUCUAAACAGUUGACAGUUUGCUAAAGCAAUAGUCAAUUAUAAAAAGCUACAUUUGAUAACUUAGCUCAAAGCGUGCAGAUAAAUUCUCCUUUAUAAGCAAACAUUCUCUCACAUUCACUUCCCAUUACACCUAACAAUGGAGAUCAGGCAGAUCUUAUUUAAGAAAUAGGUUUGCCCAAGAUUCUAACAAGAAAGAUGACUAGGUAUUGAUGAGGUUGAUAAAAAUAGAAAUGAUUAUUCAACUACAGCCAAUGGACAUAAAACCAAGUAAGAAGUUUUUUGCAAUAACUGUCAAAGAAUUAAUAUGACUAGACUAGAAACAGAAUAUGGACUGGGGGCUAUGUAAGUUACGUGCUUGCUAAUUGUUCUAUUUUGGCCACUUUGUUGGUUGCCUUGUGUUUUAAAAUCAUGUUAAGACAUAAUCCAUUAUUGCCCAUUUUGUAACUAAGUUGUAGGAAGAACUCGUUAUACAUUCUGUUGA